AUGUCAGACCCUACAAGUUACGAAGCAUUCGUGACGACACUCACCCUCUCUUUAGGGGCGUAUGAAGGUGCUCUAUCAUACACAUUCGCACCUCAGACAACACCAUUCACACCGCCGAGAGGCAGAUGCUCAGAUAUCCCUCGAGCCAUCAGGUGUCAGGACAAGCCAGAAGACUUGACCACGGGCGUGAUCUGCCUAGCAGAUCAGAUCGUGGAUACGGCAUCAGCGACUCUGCCUACAGAAUGUUUCCCAGAAACGUACGACAAUAUUUGGAGACCGGUCAGCAACAAGGGGGAUUUACCAAAUCUAGCGUAUCCAGGAUCAGCCUGUAUUAGCGGCUGGACGACGGCAUGCAUCACAACAGUCAGCCUCGAAAGCGCCCAGCAUCUCUUACAGACGUGGUGUUGCCCAUCAGGUUGGUCGUGUCUAACAGUGUCUCCUGGCGACACGCCUUACAGAGACUGUGUCAGCUACCUUAGUACACCAACAGAGGUCUGGGUCAACAAUCUUGCCACCAGUGGAGGAACUGAAGUGACGCUUUGGAGUUCCUGGAGAAAAGUCUCCCUCUCAGACCUACCCAGUUCAGGGCCCCUUAAGCUAAAGCAUCCGCCCUUCCCUCUUUAUGGCCGGCUUCCAUCUGAUGGAACUGAGGUCGCCGACAAAGGAGGAUUGUCCACAGGUGCAAUCGCGGGUAUUGUGGUAGGGAUAGUCCUCACUGUUCUUACUAUCAUUGGCAUCGCCGUGUUUGUGUGUAUACGAAGAAGGAAGGAGAGAGCUGCGGCUCGCCGCACCCAGACGGAGGUCACCUCUGGGGAUCCGAAUGCUGAUUUCAAGGGUCCAGGCUACGAUGCCAAACAGGAGCUUCCCGGCCAUAACCCAGAGACACGAGAACUUCAGACGAUGUCGCCGCCGCCAGUGGAAUUAUCCUCGCAAACAAAACCUUCAGAAGUGGAAGGACAACCUCCUGUGGAGUUAGCAUCAUAA